UUAAUGUUUGACUUGAGACAAAAUUGUGCUACUCGUUUUUGUCGGAACUCUUAUUAGUAGCGUUAGUUUUCUGUACGGAGCGAUAUUAAAGCAGGAUCAGUAGAUCAGCUGCUAGCGUAACUUCUGGUCUAGUCUUAGCCGGCCGUGUGGAGAAGCACCGUGCACCAGAUCCCCUUCGCUCACAUCCACAAUGCCGAAGAAGAAGACAGGAGCUCGCAAGAAGGCUGAAAACCGUAAGGAGCGAGAGAAACAGAACCGAGCUAACAGAGAACAGGUCGAUGUCGCGAAACAUCCGUGCAACUCGUCCAUGGACUGCGAUAAGUGUCUGAGACGACAGAAGAACAGAGCGUUUUGUUACUUCUGUGCGUCGGUGCAGAAGCUCCCCAUGUGCGCUCAGUGCGGUAAAACCAAGUGCAUGAAGUCCUCAGACUGCGUCGUCAAACACCCCGGUGUCCACAGCACAGGCAUGGGCAUGGUGGGGGCGAUAUGUGACUUCUGCGAGGCCUGGGUGUGCCACGGAAAGAAGUGUCUGAGCACGCACGCCUGUUCCUGUCCACUGACCGAUGCAGACUGUAUCGAAUGUGACCGCAGCGUGUGGGAGCACGGAGGUCGCAUCUUCCGCUGCUCUUUCUGUAACAACUGCCUGUGCGAGGACGAUCAGUUUGAGCAUCAGGCCAGCUGCCAGGUCCUGGAAGCUGAGACUUUUAAAUGCGUUUCCUGUAACCGACUCGGCCAGCACUCAUGCCUCCGAUGUAAGGCCUGCUUCUGUGACGAGCACGCUCGGAGCAAAGUGUUCAAACAGGAGAAAGGCAAGGCGCCUCCGUGUCCUAAGUGCGGUCACCAAACCCAGGAGACUAAAGAUCUCAGCAUGUCCACUCGCAAUCAUAAGUUUGGCCGGCAGAGCGGCGCAGACGACGACGGCUACUACUACGGAGCGUCAGGAUACGAUUCCUACUGGAAAAGCGUCGCCUCCGGAGGAGCCGCUGACCAGGAAGACGACGACGACGAGGACGAUUACGAGGAAGAGGAUGAUGAUGAGGACGAGGAGGAGGAGGAGGAGGGAGAUGAAGAUGACGAAGAUGAAGCUGAAGCAGUGGAUAAACUUAACAACCUGAGUCUCGGUGUGAGCUCAGUUAGCGAAGGCAAAUGAGAUUAAAUCAGAGACAACGGAGUCACGGCUGUGCAGACGUUUAUGAUAUAGUCAUGUUAUUAAAGGUCAUCUUUAAAAUUUGA